CGGCACCGCUGCCCCCCCCCCGCGCUGCCCGCACCCCCCCAGCGCGGCGCGGAGGAUGCGGGGCCGCAGCCCAGCGCCUCUCCCCUCCCUCAGCUGAGGCGGCGUGCGGGCGCUGGGCAGCAUGGAGGCACCUCUGGUGAGCCUGGAGGAGGAGUUCGAGGAGGGCCCCGGGGAGGAUGGCGGGACCCCGCGGCGCGGCGCGGACCCGGCGCUGGCCGAGCUGGAGAGUUUCUCUGCCGAGAUGAUGAGCUUCAAGUCCAUGGAGGACCUGGUGCAGGAGUUUGACGAGAAGCUCACCGUCUGCUUCCGCAACUACGACGCGGCCACCGAGGGGCUGGCACCCGUGCGGGGCCAUCUGCAGGCCCAGGAGGAGGAGGAGCGGCUCCAGGAUGAGGAGGUCUGGGAUGCUCUCACCGAUGGCUUUGCCCCCCGAGGCUCCCCCCGGCCCUGGCUGCUCCCUGGGGCUGAGGCCCCCGACGGCACUGACCCCCAGCUCUGCGAGAAGGAGGAGGAGGAGGAGGAAGAGGAACUGACUGAGAGGAGUGAGCAAGACUCAGGCAUCAACGAGGAGCCACUGCUGACAGCUGAGCAGGUCAUUGAGGAGCUGGAGGAGCUGAUGCAGAGUUCUCCUGACCCUGAGGCUGACCCUGAGGGGGAUGAGGAUGAUGAAGAGGAGGAGGAGGAGGAAACUGAAGGUGAUGCUGAAGGGGAAGGCGGUGGCACGGAGCCCAUCCUUCUGCGUGAGCUGCGUGCCUUCUCCCCUGCCUUCAACAACAACUGCUCCCACGAAGGGCUGGGCCGGCUGUCGGCGCGGGAGCUGUCGGCCGCAGCGGGCCGGGCGGAGGCGGCCAGCCGGGCGCUGUCGGCGGAGCUGGUGGCGCAGCUGGCGCGGCGGGACGAGCUGGCCUUCGAGAAGGAGGUGAAGACGGCGUUCAUCGGCGCGCUGCUGGCCGUGCAGGGAGAGCAGCGGGAGCAGAGAGAGGCCGCCCGGCGCCGCCGCCGCGACCGCGGGCUCAGCCUGCAGGGCAGGCCCCAGGGCGGCAGCCACAUGCCGCGGAAGCGCUUCAGCAUGGAGGGCAUCUCCAGCAUCCUGCACUCCGGCCUGCGCCAGACCUUUGGCCCCACCACCAACGAGAAGCAGUACCUGAACACGGUGAUUCCCUAUGAGAAGAAGGGCUCACCGCCCUCUGUCGAGGACCUGCAGAUGCUCACCAACAUCCUGUUUGCCAUGAAGGAGGGGAAUGAGAAGGUGCCCACGCUGCUCACGGACUACAUCCUCAAAGUGCUCUGCCCAACCUGAUGCCCUCGUGCCCUCACCCCGGCGCCCCCCCCACCCCAAAAAAACGAGGCCAAACCUGAGGAAAAUGGGUCUCCUGCAGCACAACCCCCUCCUCUGCCCUCUCUCCUGCCCCCCCUGCACCACCCUCCCCUCCCCCUUUGCACAGCUGGGAAUAAAGGAUUCGUUUCAUUAAUUAAACAAGGUGUCUCUGCCCCUCCCACGGUGCUUGCUGACAAAAAGCCACCUUUUAGGGCAGAAAACAACACAAGCUGCUGCUGCCACGCUCAGGAACUCCCCAAAUUAACCCAGAUGCAGCUGGAAGUUCCCUCUUUGAGGGGGAGGGUUUCUGCUGCUUUUCCACAGC